GUUCAGGUUUGCCACGUCGGUCUCUCACUGCGAGGGGACUAUGCUGUUGCAUGUCUGGCAACCAGGACAAGUUUAUUGCCUUAAAUUGUAAGCCCAAGUGUAACCAAAUCGCCUCUACCCAGUCGUCACUAACGGCUAGACUGCGACAUACCCGUUCCAGACUGGAAAAUGUUGACUACAGCACAGACUCUGCUCGCCAGUCAAGCUAAAACUGACUGAUGCAUCCGUGUCUACACCAUCCGUUUGCUGUCGAUGCACUUCUAUCUCCUGUUGUGUGAGUGUGUGUGUGUGUGCGCGCGCGUGUGUGUGUGCAGUGGCCUGGCCUGGUUGGGCAGGACUGUGAAGUGGAGUGUUGGAGGUGGUUAGGCGGAGCCGGUGGUUGUCGUGGAGACCGGCCAUGCCUGGGGGCCGCAGGGGACCCAGUAGACAGCAGCUGAGCCGCACCGCUCUGCCCUCCCUGCAGACGCUGGUGGGGGGGGGCCUGGGCAACGGAACCGGAAUCAGAAAUAGAAGCAGUACCUGCGUGGGCCAGUCAGCCCCGCCCCUCUCAGCCCUCAUAACCCCGGAGCCUGUCCGUCACUCCCGGAUCCCUGAGCUCCCAUUGGACAGCAGCCUCCUGUUUGAGUUCCUCCUCUUCCUGUAUCUCCUGGUGGCGCUGUUUGUCCAGUACAUGAACAUCUACCGAGCUUUCUGGUGGUACCCCUCGCUGAACUUUCACCGGAUGGACUGCCACCUGGCUGUCUUCAUCACCGUCAUGUUGGCUAGGAGACUCGUGUGGACCAUAGUAUCUGAGGCAUCACAGACCAGCCCGUGUUCUCUGGUCUGGUAUGUGGUUAUGAUCACCGCCCGGCUCGUCAUGUUGACCCUGUGUGGCUGGGUUCUGUGCUGGACCCUGGUCAACCUGUUCAAGGACAACUCUGUCCUCAACCUGCUGUUCCUGGGUUACCCAUUCGGGGUGUACGUACCCUUGUGUUGCUUCCACCAGGAGGGGCGGAGCCAGCCGAUGCCAGCCGACUACAGCUACGGCGACCUGGACCAAUCGGACGGGCCGUUCUUCAGACCCAGGGACUUCCUGUCUCUGCUGAAGGAGAACCUGCGGGAGCAGUUCACAAGCCCCGCCCACGCCCCCGCCCACACCUGCCCGCCCUCGCCGGAGCUGAUCCGCGAGGAGGUGGAGGAGCUGAGGAGCGACUUCAACCGGCGCAUCAAGGAGGUGCUCUUCAACUCGCUGUUCAGCGCCUACUAUGUGGCCUUCCUGCCGCUGUGCUUCGUCAAGAGUACCCAGUACUACGACAUGCGCUGGUCGUGUGAGCACCUGAUCAUGGUGUGGAUCAACGCCUUUGUGAUGCUGAUGAGCCAGCUGCUGCCCCCAGGCUACUGUGACAUGCUGCAUCGCUCCGCCGCUCACCUGGGGCGCUGGCAGAGGCUGGAGCACGGGUCCUACAGCAACGCUCCCCAGCACCUGUGGUCAGAGAGCACCAUCUGGCCCCAGGGUGUGUUGGUCAGACACAGUCGCUGUCUCUACAAGGCUGUAGGACCCUACAACGUGGCUCUGCCCUCCGAUGUCUCCCACGCACGCUUUUAUUUCCUGUUCCACAAGCCGUUGCGGAUCCUGAACCUUUUGAUCUGGAUUGAGUCCAGCGUGGUUCUGUACCAGCUGUACUCCCUGCUGCGUUCGGAGCACUGGAACCACACCCUGUCCCUGGGCCUGAUCCUGUGCUGCAACUACUAUGUGCUGUUCAAGCUUCUGAGGGACCGCAUCGUCCUGGGCAAGGCCUACUCCUACCCUCUCAGCUCCAGCAGCCUGGGGCUCAAGUCCCAGUAGCAGCCCAGUCAGGGCAGCCCCCAUCUAGGGAGCAGGACCCACUACACCCCCCCCCCCCCCACCACCACCUUUCCUCCCUCUCUCCCCACCUCGCUCCAUUACUGGAACUUUGGAUGCAUGGGAGGGGAGGGGUGUUUAGGGGGGAGGUUUGGGGGUACAGACUGUGAACUCCUAAGUGUUUUGAUACGGUUCUAUUUUUCACGCAAUGUUUUUACCUAUUUAAAUAAUAUUUUUAUUUUGUAUACUGUUUGUUAGCACACAGGGCAUUAGCUUACUGUGUCAUGUGACUUUGUUUGAGGCCCAGCACCGUCAGGCAACAGAGGGGGUGGAGAGAGGGGGGGGGGGGGGCUUGUCUGACUUCCACCAAAGAUGCUCAAUGCCCAGGGGACCAAACAGGGGCCAGAGUCUGCCUCCUUUAGCCAAUGACAGGCCAGCCUUAGGCUCAGUCAGCCAAUCAUGGAGGAGAUGGGUGAGGUUGGAGAUACAGGUACAAGAUCAGUGGUUCCUGUCUUACAUCUGGUCGUUCUCCCCUCACCCUGUCUUCAUAUAACCUGUCAAUAACACACACAAACGUUGUGUGUCCUCGAGCAUGUUUCAUACGUAUCAUUGAUGUUGCUGUGGUAACACGUCUGUUCUUCAGGUCGUCCAAUCGCAGAAAGAAAAACCUGGUUGUCAUGGCACUGCUAUGUUAAACCACCUUUAGGCAGGAACCGGCAGAAUUAAUAUGCUCUAUCCCUGUGUGUGUGUGUAUGCGUGUAUGUGUGUGUGUGUGUGUGUGUUCACGCUCCAAGCCCAUGCCUUUCACGUCAGUCAAUUACCAGAGUGUUACUGCAGAGUGCUUGCCUUGUUGUUAGGGUCACCUUGUUGCUAAGAUCACCUCGUUACUAGGUUGCCUCAUCGACACACAGAGCUAAACAGUCUGGAGUGUCUCCAUACCCUUCACAUGGCCUCCCCUCCUGGUCGUCUCCAGCAGUGGGAGGCGUGCAGCCUAUUGAGACCCACCCCAAGUCCUGAACAGUCGUGCCAGUGUUUGGAUCAGUGCCAUGUGUCCUUCCAUCUGCCUUCUCACUGGGUACGCAUGUACUGGUACCCUGGUUACCCCCACACGGGUGGAGCUUUUGCCAAGGACCAAUGUCGUUUUUUCGGAAUGUGCAGAAUCAUUGUGCCGUUUCCCAGGACACAGUGUGUACCUGGUUGAACAUGGGAUAGCAUGUUGAGGGGCAGGGAUUGGUCCAUAGACCAACUUAAACAGUAUUCAACAGGAUGCAUUUUGCCCUCGACAUCCGCUAAUAAAACUGUUAAAAGGUG